UUUCAGCCAUCCAAAACAGUAACCCUAUCUUAUCGCACAUACUUUGGGCCCAGAUAGUGGGGAUCAGAGAGUGUUUUUUCGUAAAGCUCUUUCCCUGAAAGUGCCCAAGUGGGGAGAUCUUUUUAUGAAGCACAUCGAUGACCUCCUUCCGGACCCCAAAACAAAAAAAUUAGGAUGCCACAUAGGUUAUCGAAUCAGAUCUGUGUGAGUCAAUCAGAUGCGUCAUGUCCCAGAUACAAUCGCAUUAGCUUUUAGUUUUCACUCACCGAUAUCAGUUGAACAUGUUUUGCCACAAAUUUAUCUCAAGUCUUCAAGACACAUGAAAGCAGCAAUAGUACGGAUACCAAUCGCAAUUUACUUCAAAGCCCUAAUGAACAUGAACAGAAAUCGUGGGGAUCGUUGGAGAAAGAUGGCCGAGCUCGUAUUCUCCUUGUGUGUGAUUGACAAAGCCGAGGAUGUAGUUCUUGAUGUAAUAAUGUUAAAGUUCCUCGGAGACUAGUUGCAGCCGACCAACUAGACGCAUCUAUGUAGAAUAUGGCUGACCGAAUCUAUACCAAUCAAUGUUAUCUCACUAGAACCCAUAUGUUUCAUAGCAUGCUAAUGUAAAAUAUAUACUUGGUUAAUUAUAUAAAUAUUUAUUGCGGUGUAAAGACCAACGCUCGAUGACAGAAUAAUUUCUUUGUUUUGUAUACUGACCCAGAAAUGAUUGAUUUUUUUCAAAAAGUGCGCACACUUGUGUAGGCUGACUAAGCAAACUUGUGUGCGUUAACCCUGUCGUAUACGUAAUAUCGUAGUAUUCAAUGCAAUCAAUUAUCAGUUUAGAUGGCACGACUGUUCCUUAAAAGAAAAUCAAGUUACUUUUGCUAUAUGAAAUUCCUAUAAAGCAUUGCAUUGGUAGUCGCUACACGUCUCAGCUUUUUAGACCUCUUGGAUGCAGCAAUGCAAUUAUAUUAAUGGCGCCAACCUUACUGGUCUCCAAAGUACUUUCGUCUGUCUGAACACUUGUACUUCGGGGCAAUCGUGACAUAUGAGAAGCAGCUUCAAAUCAGAUAUACAACACCCCACCCCAUGGUCAGUACAAUGGAAAAUGUGGCGAAAAUUGCAAGGGACACGUGCAUGUUACUCAAGUUGUUUUUCCGAGAAUAUUAUAAUCUCCCUAAAAUACCUUUUUUUAAUGACGAAAUGAAGCAAAGGUAUAAAUAAAGUUUCUUUUGCAAAGAUCGGACUUUGCUUUGUUAUU